UUGAUCUAUUGGAAAGAACGUAGUCAACCUGUUUGCACCAGAACUUGCGCCUUCUUUUCUCUAGUGACAUUUCUUGAAUCUGGCAAAUCCUUUCCAUCGUCCAUUUCCUCUUCAGAAAGAUUUCGAUUACGAGAAGCGGUUGAGGUUAGAGCUUGAAACAAUAAAUGGCAAGUGUGCUCUACAGUUUACAGUCGAGUAUCCCAAGGAAUCUAAUUCGAUGCCUCAAACAUUCCUCUGAUAUUACAUGUUUUAACAAAUCAAAAUGGCGGACCGUUACCAGUCUCUCUUUCAACAGUGGGUUUGUCGAAAAUCCUUGUGUUUCAGAAGUAGACAAAUCUGCCCCAAACAGUAGGACUGCAUCUCUGCUUGCCUUAAAACAGAAAGAAAAAGGUGAUUGGCGAAACCUGACUUUGGAAGAAAGGCAAGCGUUAUAUUACAUGAGCUUUAAUCAGCCUUUUUGUGAUCUUGUUGAUGAACCUGCUGAUGAAUGGAAACUCAUACUAGCAGGAACUUUCACUGCAAUGGGUCUUAUGAUUUUAGGAAUGUAUGCUUGGAUUUCACAGCAAGCUAUGACUAGAAAAGAGCUCAUAGAAUUUGAAAGUUCUCAGAAGACUUGACUGAUUGAGAAAUGAAAAUGAAUGGGUAUCAGAUUAUUUUUGAAGAAAAUACCAUAGAGGAUAUUGGUCCACUUUCUGUUAGAAAAGAACUGAAAGUCAAACCAGAAGCUAGCUUAUUUUUUGGAAAUAAUUCUACACAAACAGCUUAGGAUUAUAAGAUGUACAAAUUUUCUACAAUCAUGUGUAGUUGAGUUCAUACAUUUGUUGCAAAGAGUUUUCAGUUAUACACUUUUUGGUUGUCCAGUCGAAUAAAUUUUAUUUUACCCAUUUUUA